CAACUGCAGAUAACUUUUACUCUCAAACUGUUCAUAACUGAUUAACCUGCAACAUUUGGAAAAUGCAAACUCUUCAGGUUUUCUGUGGCCUACUCUGUUUGUCCUUGGUGUUAUCUGGUACCCAGAUAUGUAAUGACCCAGACAACAAUGCCUAUUCCAUCAUUACAUGUGGUGCUCCAGGAAAAGAUGGUCUACCAGGCAAGGAUGGUAAAAAUGGACUUAAUGGAGAAAAUGGAGAACAAGGACAACCAGGACAAUCUGGACCACAAGGGAUUGCUGGACCUCCUGGAGCAAAAGGAGAAAAGGGUCCCUCAGGCCAGAAAGGGGAAAAAGGGGACUGUGACACUUCAGCACUCCAAGCUCUUACAGCGCAACUGACAAGUCUGGAUGGAAAAACAAACGCAUUGCAAUCAAAAUUAACACAGCAGCAAACAGCACUCCAGGCUCUUACAGCGCAACUGACAAGUCUGGAUGGAAGAGUUAAUACAUUGCAAUCAAAAUUAACACAGCAGCAAACAGCCUUCACAUUUUUCAAAGGAAGAGCCACAAGUGGUGAAAAGAUCUAUGUCUCAAAUGGUGAUAAAGCGAAUUAUAAUGAUGGAAAGAUGGCUUGUGCCAAAAAAGGAGGUCAGCUGGCUUCUCCAAGGAAUGUCAAUGAGAACCAAGCUGUGUUAGCCAUCUCCUUAGAGUACUCGUUCCCUCCAUUUUUGGGUAUAAAUAGUAUGCAGACAAAAGGCACUUUUAGAUAUCUAAGUGGUGAAAUAAUUACUUACUCAAACUGGAGUCCCGGUGAGCCAAACAAUGACAAAGGAGUGGAGUCUUGUGUAGAAAUGUAUACCAAUGGAAAGUGGAAUGAUAAGAAUUGUAAAGAAAAACGUCUUACCAUUUGUGAGUUUUAAUCUGUUUUGGCUCCAUUUUUAAAUGUAAACAGUUUUUAUAAUUAGUGGAGUGUUUCAAUUUAUUUUCCUAAAUUGACUUUUAAUAGGAUGAACUAUUUUAGGUCUAUGUACAGGCCUGGCCAACCUGUGGCUCUCCAGAUGUUGUGAAACUACACAUCCCAGCAUGCCCAGCCACAGUUUUAGCAUUCCCUAAUAGCAAAACUGUGGCAAAGCAUGAUGGGAUUUGCAGUUUUACAACAGCUGGAGAGACACAGGUUGGCCAGGCCUGUACUAGAGACAAAUAGAUGUUGUUGUUUUUGUUAUUGUGUUAUGGGGGUAAAAGCUUGUUUUCAAAAUAUACACUAUUAUAUAGCGCCCGUUAAUGUACUAAGCCUUGGAGAAAGAUAAAGUGGAGAGAGAGAAAGUACCUACCAACCAACCAACCAGCUCCUGUCGUUUUUCAAACACAUCAAUUAGUGGAAAAAAGGUUUGGUUUGGGAUGCAGUGCAGGACUGUCAGACAAUAAGUAGAAAGGAUUACUAUUAUUGGUCUCUGAAACAACCGACGCUAUAGACAACAGUAUCAGUUUAUCACUGUAUAUCUAUUGCGUCAUGCUUGUUAGGUAACAUUUAUGUCAGUGGUGCUCCCAUGGGUUAUUAACAUAAUUCAAUAUGCAGCCAAUGAGAAAAAAUACUUUGUCUUGGUUGGGAGCACUAAAAGGAAGUAGGUAGCAAUAAUGAUAAUAUCUUAUGGGCAGAGGAUUUGCAAUGCCCAAUCAUGUGUCCGAUGUCUAUACAUAACUUGACCUUAAAAAAACAUUUGAUAGCAUAAAUACAAGUUUAUGCACCUCCCUUCAAUGUAUGCAGAAAAUAUCUCAAUAAUCUUUUUAAUCUGUUGCCAACACCAUCAAUACCCCAUAAUUGCCUUGAGACCCCAAUGUACAUAUAAUUGGAUGCACAAAUAAUAACAGCCUGAUUGCGUGGUGGAUGCUAAUGCAUUUGAGGAUGACACUUUUUUCAUCACAGCAGUGCUAAUACGCAAAUGUUAGUUUCAGCCUUCUCCUUGUACAGUAACCUAGCAUGCGCUGAACUGUGCAAGCCUUAAAACACUCACUAUCAGUACAUCUUGCCAAAGUCGAAAAAUAUUGCAGAACACACAGCACGUAUAAACUGCACACACAUGCCCACUGCGUGUGCACUUGUUCUGCAGUGCGUGCACAUGUACGCACUUUGCGUAUGGUCGCUCCCGCGGUCCUGCGCAUCGGCGCGUGGUAUGGGUAUUUAUGGCAGAGUUUGUGUACGCAUGGAGGGCCACCAGAACACAUUACAUAUUUAAUCCAAAUAGUGCACAAUGUACACAUAGCCUCCCUGCACCACAUCAGAAAGUAAUAGCUUUUUAAAAUGGUUACAGAACAAAGGGAUUCACCUUUACAGGAUAGGAGGGGACAGAACAAGGUUACAAGGUGGUGUUUGGUAUCCAGCUGUAGGGUAUUUUAAAGGAAACAUUCUGGUCUUGGUUUGAGGAAGAUCGCAUGUUCCUGCGGAUAGUUAUGUGCAGGAGCAGAAUAUAGAUAUAAACUGUAUUUACUGUACAUUAUGUAUGUGGCGGGAAUCCAGAGGAGACCACCUACAAGAGCAGUGAAAAUAGACAUCGCCCACCUAUUCAAACAGACCUAUGACCUCUCCUGUACUGUAAAUGACCAUCCCUGUGUCCAAUGGACAAAGAGAUUACAGUAUCCAUUGUGUUAUGUUUUGGAUGAAGUGAAUAAAGAGAGCCUGCAGCAGGCUUGGUCACACAAGACUCACAACGUUAUCUAUUUGAUUACGGAGGACUGGACCAGGAAGCGCACGCGAAUAUUCUCACGUAUGUACAUUGACUGUAGCCAUUAUUCUGUUUUAUAUAUUGUCUUGUAUUGUAGUGUAUAAUUUGUAUUGUAAACCCCCUUUCAGAAAUAAUCCACUGUGGUGUCGGAACCCAGCGGUUAAUCACAAUUGGUGUUGUGUCCUCAUUGCCUGCUAAGGUUUAAAGUGUACUAUUAUUGCAUAGCAUUGCUGCUAAGGUUUAAAGUGUACUAUUAUUGCAUAGCAUUGCUGUAGAAGGUUUAAAGUGUAUCUCUGGGUGUGUAUGCGCUGUGAGUACUUUGUACCGGCAGCGCGGCGUGUGUACGCAAAGUCCGUACACUACGGAACCCUUUACGCUAAAAGCGUAAAAGGUGCGUAGUGUGAAUUAAGUAUAGCGGCCACAGCGGCUAAAGGUUUAAGGUGUGUUUAAGGUAUAGCUUUCAUUCCUGUAAAGAAAAUCAGCUUUAUCAAUCUCCACUGGUGCUUCAGAACACUCCACCAUCAAGGCAGUAUUGCAGGCACUAUUGACACUGGCAAUAUUUUAUGGUAGGUGCAGUGUCUACUUCUAAAAUUUCACUAAACAGGGCCUCUGUGACUGAGGAUCUGCAUUUGGGAAAGCAGACGUGUCACUCCCAUAGCAUGCCCAUGUAAGGUCCAUAUUUGAAUUCACUUCAGGUCUAUGACAUCAUCUGUAGGUAGACAGGUCUGAACAUCCUAAGACCUCAAUGUCCCAUAGGUCACAUCCUUUGGUCUUUGUCCCCUGGAAUAAGUAUUGACCUGCAACAUGUAUGCCAUUGGGGUCCCUCUUGUAAACCUGCAUAAUAUGGUUAGGUAAUGCAUACUUUAAAUACAGUUUUAAUGUGAGAACUUUGUAUCGAUCAUAUUUAAUAGUAGCACUGGUGCAAUCGUUUCCACAGGGUCAUCAGAGGAUCCCUAUUGAGAUAAGGAAUAAAACAAGUACAAACAGUACUGCGCACAAAAAUCACUUUAAUCCCAAUAGUACACA